UAUGCGAAUAUUUGAAGAGCUGGCGAUGCGGACAGCUGCUGUGUUUACUACGCUAAAUAACCAUUUACGUUUAUUUUAUAACAACAGCUUUUAUGAAGAAAAUAUAUCGAGGCCUAGGCAGCUGUGAGAACUAAUUCGUGCUCAAACGAUACAAAGAUAAAAUGGCUCAACACACUUUCCAAGAGCAGCUGGUGUCCAUCAUGGAGAUACUGGCCAAAGCUGCCGUUGCUGAAAUUAACAGACGUGUGGACGACAGCUGUGCAGUAAUUCGCCUGGAGCUGUCCAGAAGUCAGAGAGAUAUUGACUCGCUGAAGAGGAAAUGUCAAAUGAUGGAGAAUGAAUUGAGGAAGGCACGGGCACGAGGGAGAAGGAAAGUGUUUUUCUGCAAGACCUCUGAGAAGCUGCCUGUGCCUUUUCCGAGUGUAUGGGUCAGAGAUGCUGGUGCAGAUGUGUGCAGAGCUGAACAGACUGUUAGUCCACAAGAGGCAGAUCCGGAGCAGUCUGCACAACAUGUCCACCAAGCAAUCCAGAUUCUGGAGGACACGCCUGAGGUACCGGUCAUCAAAGAAGAGGGAAUUGAAAAUGAAACAUGGAGUAGUGGAGAGCCUGCAGGACAAUUUCUUUUUGAGCAUCGAGACAGCUUGUCCCGCAACCUGGCUCAAGCAACACCUGAAGAACAGAACCAGCUUCAUGAAGGCAUGGAGAAACCAAGUGCACACUUUACUUGUGUACCGUCUUCGUCAGAGCCGGUUAAGAGCGAUGAUGAGGGUCUGAGUAAACUGAGCCUGCAGGUAAAAGCUGAGAAGGAGCAAGAGGAGGACAAAGGAGGACAAGACGUCGUAGUGGAGGGUUCUGAGCAAAGGAUAGAAGAGACUGGAGAUUGCCUGGAGUUUACUCAGAGGGAUGCCCAGCUGUGGUCGUCUGCUCAUGAGCAGGGGCAUGAUGGUGAGGCAGAGUGGACAGACAAGGCCUUCACAUCUCCUCAGCUUUCUCGUGACCUUGCAGCCUUUUCCCAGCCUGUGGACACAGAACAGUCUGGAGAUGGUAUCCAGAUGGACCUAUAUGGUGCUGGACAGGUCAAGGUGCAAAAACAACUUCAGGCAUCCUGGUGUAGAGAAAGACUAUCCAGUUCUGCUGUUAAACAGUUGAACACACAACUAACCACACAGCAGCACCAUAGGACUCCGUCAAGAACAGGAGACAUUGUUCUUGGAGCCAACAUGGGUGGCCAAACAGGAUCCAGUAUGGCCGCUCAGGCGCUUUUGGGCUAUGGUCGUGGUGGACUUAGCACCGCUAAGCGUUUGCGGACUCAUUGGCGCACAAACGUGGCUGGAGAGCGGCGGUUUAGCUGCACAUUCUGCGAGAGGCGUUUUGUCCGUUUUGGCCAGCUGAAGGAACACCUGCGCAGCCACACAGGUGAGAGACCCUACACCUGUGCUCAGUGCGGCCGCAGUUUCACCAAGCAAGGGAAUCUAAUCCGGCAUGCUGUGGUGCAUAGCGGGGAGAAACCGUACCAAUGUAGCCUUUGUGGGAAGUGCUUCACUCAACGCUCCAGUCUGAAAUCCCAUCAGAAAACUCACAUGCCGGAGAGAGAAGACGUUCUGCAGGGAUUGCCUGUGUGCCAGUCAGGCAACAGCCGGUCUGUAACACAGAGCAGGGGUUUUGUAUAAAAUCAACGUUAAAAUGGAACUGAUGUUUAUAUUGUGUGGCAUAGAGUACUUUGCAGAAGUCAGAGACUAGUUUUCAUUUAUUUAAUUUCCAGUCAGAACAGCCAUGCAGUGUGAAUUUAGUGUGUCAGCUCUUUUUGGGAGACUUGCUUUCAGUUUUUCAAACAAAUCUGCAGGGAUAUUUUCCACACCUCAAAAGUUCAGUCUUAGAAGUUAGUUGCAUUUUUUUUUUUUACAUAUUAAGUGAUUUUGAGUUCUGGACUCUGGGGUGGUCAGUCUAUUUUUUCUGAGAACACCAGCAGCUUCUUUGAUUUGUACAUUUACUUUCAGACCCGUAGCAUUGAGUGGUCUUCUCAUGGUGGAAGGAUAGACAGAAGCACCUUUGGAUUUUUUCAGAUUUUGUCUUGACAGUUGGGGCGGUCUGCCAUGUCUUGUUAGGAGUCCUGCUUUCUCUAAACCUUUAAUUUUUUUUUUUUAACUUUUUGAAGUUUUGGAAAUUCCUGUUUCACUUCUGUUCCUUUUUGAUGUUCCCCUUUUUUAUGCCAAAAAUGGCAAACUUGUACUUAAUGGAUGUUUUGACAGGAAAUUAAGUAAAAAAAAAAUGGUCUUUGACUUUUCAGUACUGUAGAUGUUUGGAUAGUGGUCAUGAAAUUUAGAAUCUGUAGUAUAUGAGUUUAGGAAUGUGAAGAUCCAACUCAUUGUGUUCUUUUUUUGUGUCUUCUAACUGGGUAAUGUCAGUGUGCUUAAUUUAACAGUUUUGUGCUUAGUGUGUAAAAUACUUAUUAUUGAUAUAAUUUAUAACCUUUUUAUUUUACUUUAGUACUUCCACAGUUCUUCUAUCUGUUAGAUUAAUACAAAUAAAAGCUUUACCCUCAAAGUAUUUGAGUGAGUUACUGGUUAUGGGACUUAUUCAAAUUCAGUCCAACACAAGGCAAAACAAUUAAGCAGCAUUCAUACUUACUACUCGCACAUAACAAACUUACACUAUCCAAAAGUAUCCAGGUACUACCUUCCAAGUAGUG